UUCACAGACAGCUGCAUGAUAAUCCCAAUCUGAGGCCAUUAGAGCGCAGAGAGAGGGAGCGAGGCGAGGGUUCACCAGAGGGAGGGAGGGAGGAGGGACUGCGCCGGACAGAGGCGCGCAACGGCUGGGAAAAGAACGGCAGAAAGAGGAGCUUUUAAAGGAUUUGGCAGUGAUUUGUAGAUUCUCGUGCUGUGAUGCUGCACUUCCCUCUGCUUAUGCCAGGAUGUCAUACUCUGAGGCCUCAGGAGUCUUCUCCAUUUAGUCUUUUAAAAUAGCACCUGUUUCUUUUUUUAGAACUUGUUUUUAGGUGUUUGCUUUUUUUAAUUUUUAAUUAUUGCACAAAAGAGAAAGUCUGAGAUGACAGAACCUUGAGUCUGGGUGCAGUUCAACGUAUCUGGACCAUGGUUGGGGGCCAGGCUGGAGAAUUUCACGGGAGGGAGAAAAUGAAGACUGGUCCAUGAAGAAUGGGCAGGUGCCAAAGGUAGAAAGAGUAGCCCGGUGCUGUCGGUGCCGCUGCUGGUCAUCACCAUGACACCGGAGGCCUGCUCGUACCGUCUGUUCGUCUGUCUCAGUUUGUCGCUCAAGUCCCACCGAUGGCUUCGCAUGCUGUGGGCUCUGCUGCUGGGCUUCGGCCCCGUUUCACUGGCGCAGCAGGGCAACCAGCCUCAAUCCAUCAAGAUCGAGGGCGACAUCACCCUGGGGGGGCUCUUCCCGGUGCACUCCCGAGGGCCUGCCGGCGUCCCCUGUGGGGAGAUCAAGCGAGAGAAGGGAAUCCAUCGACUGGAAGCCAUGCUGUACGCCUUGGACCAGAUCAACAGUGACCCCGACCUGCUGCCCAACAUCACGCUCGGAGCCCGCAUCCUGGACACGUGCUCCAGGGACACGUACGCCCUGGAGCAGUCGCUCACCUUCGUCCAGGCCCUCAUCCAGAAGGACAACUCGGACGUGCGCUGCUCGAACGGAGAGCCGCCCAUCAUCCCCAAACCGGAGAGGGUGGUCGGAGUGAUCGGAGCGUCCGGCAGCUCCGUCUCCAUCAUGGUGGCCAACGUGCUCAGGCUGUUCGCGAUCCCCCAGAUCAGCUACGCCUCCACCGCCCCGGAGCUGAGCGACAACAGCCGCUACGAGUUCUUCUCGCGCGUGGUGCCCCCGGACUCCUACCAGGCCCAGGCCAUGCUGGACAUCGUCAAGGCCAUGGGGUGGAACUACGUCUCCACGCUGGCCUCCGAAGGCAACUACGGGGAGAGCGGCGUGGACGCCUUCCUGCAGAUUUCCAGAGAAGCAGGGGGGCUGUGCAUUGCUCAGUCCAUAAAGAUCCCCAGAGAGCCCAGACGGGGCGAGUUUGACAAAAUCAUCAAGAGACUAAUGGAGACUUCCAACGCGCGCGGGGUUAUCAUCUUUGCUAAUGAGGAUGACAUCAAACGGGUGUUGCAGGCUGCAAAAAAAGCCAACCUGACAGGCCAAUUCCUUUUUGUUGGAUCCGACAGUUGGGGGGCCAAAAGCUCUCCCAUCGAAGAUCAGGAGGAGGUGGCAGAAGGAGCGGUCACUAUCCUGCCGAAAAGAGGCUCCAUUGAUGGGUUCGACCAGUACUUCACUUCGAGGUCUCUGGAAAACAACAGAAGAAACAUCUGGUUUGCAGAAUUCUGGGAGGAUGACUUCAAGUGCAAGCUAACUCGACCGGGCAUAAAAUAUGACCCCGACAGACGAAAAUGCACAGGAGAGGAAAGAAUCAGUCAGGACUCCCAGUAUGAACAGGAGGGCAAGGUGCAGUUUGUCAUCGACGCUGUGUACGCCAUGGCUCACGCGUUGCACAGCAUGCACAUCGACCUCUGUCCUGGCUCCAUGGGUGUCUGCGAGAAGAUGGACCCCGUGGAAGGACGGAUGCUCCUCCAGUACAUUCGCUCCGUGAACUUUAAUGGCAGCGCAGGAACUGCAGUGAUGUUCAAUGAGAACGGAGACGCUCCUGGUCGGUACGACAUCUUCCAGUACCAAAUGUCCAACGUCAGCUCACCGGGCUACAGGGUUAUCGGCCAAUGGACGAACCACCUGCGACUUAAUCUGGAGGAGAUGCAGUGGUCAGGAGGCGAGCGUAAGAUCCCAGAGUCCGUGUGCAGCUUCCCCUGCGAGCCCGGCGAGAGGAAGAAGAUGGUAAAGGGCGUUCCCUGCUGCUGGCACUGCGAGCUCUGCGAUGGCUACCAGUUCCUGCUGGACGAGUUCACCUGUGACAUGUGCCCGUUUGACAAGAGGCCCCUAAAGAACCGCACAGGCUGCCGGCCCACACCCAUCAUCAAGCUGGAGUGGAGCUCACCCUGGGCCAUCAUUCCCGUCUUCCUGGCCAUACUGGGAAUCCUGGCCACCACCGGAGUCAUCGCCACCUUCGUCCGAUUCAACGACACGCCCAUCGUUCGGGCGUCGGGCAGGGAGCUGAGCUACGUGUUGCUGACGGGCAUCUUUCUCAUCUACCUCAUCACCUUCCUCAUGAUCGCGGAGCCCAGUGUGGGUGUGUGCGCCAUACGCAGGCUGCUGCUGGGUCUCGGGAUGUGCAUCAGCUAUUCCGCGAUGCUCACCAAGACCAACCGGAUCUACCGCAUCUUUGAGCAGGGCAAGAAAUCGGUCACGCCGCCCAAGUUUAUCAGCCCCACGUCUCAGCUGAUCAUCACCUUCAUCCUCAUCUCGGUGCAGUUACUGGGGGUGUUCGUUUGGUUUGGCGUGGUGCCCCCUCACACUACCAUUGACUACGAGGAGCUAAAGCCUCCAAAUCCAGAGUUUGCACGGGGGAUCCUGAAGUGUGACAUGUCCGACCUGUCCCUCGUACUGUGUCUGAGCUACAGCAUCGUGCUCAUGAUCACCUGCACGGUGUACGCUAUAAAGAGCAGGGGAGUCCCGGAGACCUUCAACGAGGCAAAGCCCAUUGGCUUCACCAUGUACACCACCUGCAUCAUCUGGCUGGCCUUUGUCCCCAUCUUCUUUGGAACAGCACAGUCUACAGAGAAGAUGUUCAUCCAGACCACCACCCUGACCGUCUCCAUGAGCCUGAGCGCCACCGUGUCCCUGGGCAUGCUUUACAUCCCCAAGGUCUACGUCAUCAUCUUCCACCCGGAGCAGAACGUCCAGAAGAGGAAGCGCAGCUUCAAAGCCGUGGUGCAGGCAGCCACCGUGUCCACACGCCUGUCCCAGAAGGUCAGCGACAAGCAGAACGGCGAGUCCAAGAUGGAGCCGGACAGGUCUCAGUGACGGGAAAUUGACGUUUGAGCGGGAGCAUCAGUUGUUUUUGACUGCAGCGUCUGCUUUCUAUCCUUCAAACUGUGGACCAAAGUACCUGCAAAUGUGGAGGUGCAUUAUGUUUCUUUUUACAACUGUUUAGAAAACUUUACUCCACCUGAAGGGAAGCACGAAAGAAAGGAAAGCCCAGGUGACACACACACAUCCAAAGGACUGGAAUAAUGCUGAGCAACAAUGGAAUAAAUGUAAAAAUUGUUUUUUUUUUAUCAUAUCUGUUUGUUUUUUUUGUACCGUCCUCAUACACUUCCAGUCUAAAGUUUACAUACUCUCAUCAUGGUCCUGGAGGUUGUGUUAAUGACUUUUUUUUUUUUUUUUUUUUUGCGUAUUACGCUGCCUGGCCAAAUAAAAAGUCGGCACCUAAAAAAAAGGUCACAUAUGAUAACGUUGCGUUGGACCACCUUUAGCUUUGAUUACAGAACACGUUCAUUGUGGCAAAUAGCUUCUGCAAUGUCACAAGAUUUAUAUCCAUCCGCUGUUGCCGAAUUUCCCCAUUUUCGGACAAUUAUGGUUUUUCUAUUCUAUUCUAAUUUUACACUAAGGUCUUGUAUUAAAGAUGGGAGGAUCCGUCUCCUGUGCAAAGCCUUUUAGAGCGCAUCCCAUAGAUUGCCAGUGGGGUAAAGGUCUGGACUAGCCUGGGUGCCAUUCUGAACUUAGUCCCGCCCACGACGUUUGAG